AUGAACAAACCCCCAGGUUCCUUGUGCAAGAAGGACAUCGAGCUCCUGAAGGAAUGGGAUGCCGAGAAGCUCCCCCACGACCGCCGGAUGCAGCUCUUGGAAACGGGGCGCGUCGAGAUGAAGAAGCUAGGGGCCAGGGUGCGCGAGGCCCUUCCCCAGUUCUUCAACGAAAGCAUUCUGAAUCACAACAUUUCGGUAUGGUCCACGAAAACCGAUCGAACCAAAGAAACUGCAAAAGUUUUCCUGGAAGGCUUCUCUCCCUUACAGAAUCUGGAGAAGACAAUCGUAGUCAAGGAGCGUGAUAGGAUAAUGCAGUUCCAUGAGAUAUGCCAUAAAUACAACGAAAAAGUCUUUCAUGGCUCACACAUACCAGCCUUCAUGAAGUUCCUGAAAGGGCCUAAAAUCCAGAGCGUUGUUGACAGUGUGUCAAAACGCAUUGCUGUCACAGUCGAAAGCCUACAUGUGGUUCUCAUGUACAAUGCCUGUCGUUAUUACAAAGUGAUGGAGCCGCUGAAGCACUCCGCUUGGUGUGCUGUCUUCAGUAGGAAGGAUAUGGAGGUCAUGGAAUUUGGAGAGGACCUUUUCCUGCAUCAUGAUCAUGGUUAUGCUUUUGACAUAACCUACGAACAAGCUUGUCCUGUUGUGCAGGACAUACUUCAACGUUUCAGGUAUCAGAAUGACAGCAGUGUGUUCUACUUCACCCACUUGGAAGCUGUGAUAAAGGUCAUAACCCGCUUCGGCUUCUUCAACGACAGCAAGCCCCUGACCUGGGACACGAUGGAUUCCCGCCGUCGGUGGAGGACCUCGGACUUUGGCGGAUUCGGGAGCAACAUCGCCUUUCUGCUGACCAAGUGCAAGGAAGUCGGAUGGACCGUCAACACCUACAUCAACGAGAAGAGGGCCCACCUGCCGAAGUGUGCGCGUACUAAAGGCUGUCCGUGGCUCCUUUUCAAGAAACUGUAUGGCAAGUACGAGGUCUGCCCCUUCGACGAGUUGUGCGGAAAUAAGGGUUUCGGUUCAAACUGGUUCUCGGGCCCACGGCAAUUUUGGAGGAACCUCAACCUUUUUAGAGAACUGUAGAUUUUCGUAUUUUUGUUUGUGUGGAUAAUUAAUGGUUCAACAAAUAAAUAUGCAUAUACAGGUCAUGUAGCACAAAGGUAUUUUUACGAAAAAGGUAAAAGUUAAUGAUUAAAAUGUGAAAGAGGCUAAAGGUUGUAGAGCGCAAUAGGAUGGUAUGUUAGUUAAAAAAAAAA